AUUCUCUCUUGGCCGGCCAUCUGAUCACUUCUCUUUCAUUUUCUUCUUUUUCAUUUUGCUCUCAAACACUGUUGUUACUUCCUCACACUCUCCCACCGGUGCCACUCCAUACCAACAUUUUCACCAUCUUUUUUCCGAUUUAAACAUGGCACCAAAGUCUGCCCCGACUGCACCUGUCAAUACAAUUCUUUGGGACCCAAACAAUUAUUUGGAUUGGAGUCUUCAAGUGAAAACCAGAUCGACAAAUCAACAGCUCUGGGACAUUGUGGAAGGAACCAAUGAACCACCCAAAGCAGAAAAUGAUGAAAUUGCUUUUAAGGCUUGGUCCGAAAAGAAUGCCAUGGCUUUACAGGUGAUCCGGUAUUCAUGCGGAUGGCCUUUUAAUUCGGCGAUUGGGAAGAUUACUUCGGCCAAAAACGCUUGGGAUACUUUGGCAGCAAUAUGUGCACUCUAUAAAACCAGUUUCAUAGCUUUAAACAUGGUAUCAAUGUCUACCCCGACUGCAGCUGGUUUUAAACGUCUUGAGGACAUAGACAAUUAUAUGGAUUGGAGUAUUCAAGUGAAAACCAAAUUGACAGAUCGACAGCUCUGGGACAUUGUGGAAGGAACUGAUGAACUUCUCAAAGCAGAAACAGAUGAAGCUGCUUCUCAGGCUUGGUCCGAGAAGAAUGCCAUGGCUUUAGGAGUGAUCCGGUAUUCAUGCGGUGGGCGUUUAUGUUGGGCGAUUGAGAUGAUUACUUCGGCCAAAAUUGCUUGGCAUACUUUGGCUGCAAUUUGCAAACUCCCCAUUAGUAGUUACAAAGAUGUUUUUAAAAAUCUUGAGGAUGUGGACAAUUACUUGGAUUGGAGUCUUCAAGUGAAAACCAAAUUGGCAGAUCAACAGCUCUGGGACAUUGUGGAAGGAAACGAUGAAGCUCCCAAAGCAGAAAGUGAUGAAGCAGCUUUUAAGGCUUGGUCCGAAAAGAAUGCCAUGGCUUUAGGAGUGAUCCGAUAUUCCAGCGAAGGCCCCUUAAAGUGGGCGAUUUGGAAGAUUACUUCUGCCAAAAUUGCUUGGGAUACUUUGGCAGCAAUAUGCACACUCCCCAAAAGUAGUUUCAUAGUUCCUGAGGAAUAUGAUUAUGUGGCUUGGAGCGUCCGGAUGAAAGCCUAUUUGAAGGCUUGCGAUCUUUGGGACAUCGUUGAAGCAGCCACCCAACCUCCGAAACCCGAAGAUGAUGAAAUUGCCUUUAAUGCUUGGAGCAAGAAGGAUGCCAUAGCUUUAUAUUUGAUCAGGGAGUCGUCCUCUGCAUUUUAUAGCUCUCUGUUUUCUGCUGGAACUGCCCAAAAUGCUUGGGAUAUCUUGGCAAAAUUUUACAAUUCAGAAGGGAGAGAGAACAGUGAACUCCGUAAGUAUGUAUUAUUUAAGCAGUAUCUUCGUGACGGUAAUUGGGCCGCAGCAAAUCAGUUCAUUACUUCCAAUCCGGGGGCAGAGAGUGCAAUAAUUUCAAAUACAAGAAGUACAGCUUUACACAUUGCUAUCAUUGCUGGACAUCUGCAUAUUGUGAAGGAGUUGGUAAACAUAUUGCCCACAGACAAAUUAAGAAUGACGGAUAAAGAUGGUAAUACGGUUCUUGGUUGCUGUGCUCUUUUUGGAAACACAGAGAUGGCAAAAUGCAUAGUUGAAAAGUGUCCAAUGUUACUUAGCAUUGGAAACAGAAACAAAUUUGACAAACUCAUUCCAGUCGUGAUGGCUCUUACGCGUAACUCCAAUUCAAUAGCUACGGCUCAAUAUCUCUAUUCUGUAACUCCUCCAGGAAGUCUAAGUCCUGGAAAGGGCAGUAUAAAUGGUGCUACGUUUGUUACUCGAUGCAUUUAUUCAAAAGAAUUUGAUAUGGCUUUGGAUGUGCUGGAAAAAUUCCCUACUUUGGUGACUGCUUUAGAUAUCGAGGAGGAGUCCCCUGUGCUGGCAUUAGCUAUCAUGUCUUUUCCAUAUACGAGUGAAAAUCAGCUCAUAUCUUGGAAACGACGGAUCUAUAACUGUAUACGCAUUCCCGGGGUUGAUGACAUCAAUCAAAUUCCUAUAAGCAUCCAAAAACCAGAAAAGGGAAAAAGUACUCAAGUAAGAAAUAUCGAAUUAGGAAUCAGACAAACAUAUGAUUAUGAAUCGAAGCACCAAUACAAAAAACUUCAACUUCGCAUGUGCCAAGGGCCCAAGAGUUACAGUGUUCAAGUGAUAAACAACUAGAAAAGGGUCUUGUUUACGAGGCCAUCUUCAAAGCAACCAAGAAGGGGAUGGUUGAGUUUGUUACUGCUAUUUGGAGCGCAUUUCCUGAACUUGUGUCGGCCGAGGAAGAGUUCACAGGGAGAAACCCAUUUAUGUGCGCCGUUCUGUACCGUCAGUAUGAAAUAUUUCGUCUUCUGUACUGUUUUAGUUUGAAGGACUCAAUAUUAGCGGCAACAGAUGACGAAGGAAAUAACAUAUUACACAUGGCGGCGAUGACAGAACCUUCUGCCAGACGUAAUACUAUUCCAGGCGCAGCUUUUCAUAUGCAAAGAGACCUACAAUGGUUUAAGGAAGUGAAGAGCAUUGUCAGUCCUUCCUUAAUAGAAGCUGAAAACUACGAUGGUUUUACACCUCAAGAUUUGUUUGUAGAGAACCAUAAGGGCUUGGUUGAUCAGGCCAAAAAUUGGAUCAAGGAGACAACGUCUUCUUGCACAGUGCCAGCUAUUUUAAUUGUUAUUACUAUGUUUGCAGCAGCAAUUACAGUUCGAGGUGGUAACAAUCAAAAUACAAGCUUGCCAAUGUUCUUAAAGGAUAAGGUGUUUAUGCUCUUUAUGCUAUCCAAUGCACUGUUCCUAGUUUCUGCCACAACAUCAUUAUUGGUGUUUCAUACAAUCACAUCACGAAAUUUAGAGGAAGAUUUACUCAUAUCCUUACCCCAAAAAAUGAUAAUAGGCCUUUCAUCUCUUAUCUUUUCCAUUGCACCCAUGAUGGUCAACUUUUGUACCUCACUUUCCAUUAUUCUAGACGGAAAUUUAUGGGUGGUCAUUCCUAUCAUUUGUCUUGUUACUGUUUCUGUCAUCCUAUUCGCAUGGAAACAAGUUCACCUUCUUCUUGCCAUGGUCGCUUCAACUUAUAGACCAAGAAUCUUCGACAGGAAUGUGAAGCCUUGGAUGUAAGCUAUUUCAUUGUGCGUACUGUUCCUUUAAUAAUUGUAGGGCCAAAAACUACGCUCUUUUUUUUCUUAGAAAGAUAACUGAUGAACUUUCAGUUUGUGAUUGAUAUCAUGUGUUUUUUUCUCCGAAUUUAGACCUUUUGUCUUUAAAUCAAAUAAAUCAUAACUCCAUUAUAUA